AACAACAACAACAACUUCAAAGGCCUCAACAGCAGUUCCAACAGCAAUUGCAAUCCCCAUUGAUGUCUAAUGGCCAACAGCAAAAAUUACAUGUACAAUCACAGCCACAACUGCAAAGUCAUUCUGGAUCUCCUGCUGAGAUGGUGAAUAAGUUUAGUAACCAAGGGAUUAACGAUUACCAAUUGAACUUAUUACAAAUGGAGAACCAAAACAAUUUACAGCGAUCGCAAUAUUUACUUAAGCAGCAGCAACAGCAGCAGCAACAGCAACAACAACAACAGCAGCAGCAACAACAACAAAAGCAAGGGGGUGCAGUACCCGCAGGUGCUCAGUUUGCGCAAGCCCAAGCUAAUGCUGCAGCUGCUCAAAGAAGAGCUUCAGUUGAUCCAAAUCCUAUGAUGAUGUCACAACAAAGACAACAAGCUAUGUUUCAAAAUAUGCAACAACAACAUAUUCAGCAGCAGCAACAACAACAACAACAACAGGCUCAAGUAGGAGCAAGAUUAUUGGAUGAUGCCCUUUUGGAAGGAGUAUUUGAUUUCAACAAAGAUGAACCAAUUAAUCCUGCUCAACAACAAUACAAUACAACAAUUCAAUUGCAGCAAGAAAGAAUUAAAUUUAUACAACUGCAACAAAAUCAACAUCAGCAACAACAACAGCCACAGCAAAUGCAAUCUCAACCACAACAAGGUUCCCAGGGAAUCCCACCUGACAAUUUUGACAUAAAAGAAGAGAGUACCAACGAUUAUAUAAUCGGUACCGAUUGGUUGAGCUCUAUGGGAUCGGGACCGGGAUUUGUUUGAUUAACUGUUUUUUAUAUUUAUUUGUAUUUAUUAUGCUAAUUGUAUUAUU